CCAUGGUUAAAUAUUGAUGAUAUUGGGAAAUAGAGACCUGGAGUGGGCACACCACAUGUCCCCUUGAAGUGAUAGAACCCACAGACCACAGGUUCUCUGCAGCCCAUUCUCCUGCCCGUCCAGAGGAUCUGGAUUUUUCUCUUUGCUUGAAGCCAACACAUAAAAAGAAAAGCAAAGGGCUCGUGGUACUUUCAGAUUGUGAAAGUCAGGUGGCGCUUGUUUGCACUCUGAGGCCGCUCACUCAAGAGGUCAGUCACCCCGGAGUGGUAGAGAAGGCUCCAGGCCUGGGCGUGUGCUACAGGCAGAGCUACCAGAUGAGCCCAGCUGCUGCAGGCUCUCCCAGCUGUGACUGCCUGAGAGAGCUCAAGUACAAAGACCAUCCUGUUCUCCCAUAAAGAGGAAGAAGAGGAAGAAGAGGAAGGUAAGAAAUUGUUGCUGCUCCCAACAGCAGAUCAAGGCAGUCCCCAGGAACUCAGGAUCCAGGGGGUCUUCAAGGCUUCUCUGCCCAGGGGCCAGAACCAGAAGGCCAGGAGAGCUGCUGGGGCUAAGGGGCCUAAGGACCUCGUUGCCAGCGGCUCAGACCACCAGGGGCAGGGGCAUGGAGCACAGUCAGGGGGCUCCUGGAGCCCCAGCCGGUACUGUGGUGCCCCAGGAGCUGCUGGAAGAGAUGCUUUGGUUUUUUCGUGUGGAAGAUGCAUCUCCCUGGAAUCAUUCCAUCCUUGCCCUGGCGGCUGUGGUGGUCAUGAUAAGCAUGGUCCUCCUGGGAAGGAGCAUCCAGGCAAGCAGAAGUCAAAAGAUGCAGUCACCAGAAAAAGAAACUCCAGAAGUCCUACAUUUGGAUGAGGCCAGAACCAAGGAUCACAACAGCCUAAACAACCUCAGAGAGACUCUGCUCUCAGAAAAGCCGGUGGAACUUGAGUUAAAAGAGAGAGAUGUGCUGUCAGUUUUCCUUCCAGAUGUACCAGAAACUGAGAGCUAGUGAGGGGUCAGAGAAGCCCCACCCUAAGCCAGGCACAUGAUCUGGGCUCAGCUCAGUGGCCUGAAACCUCAGAUUUUACAGCCUCUCCCAAGCAGCCUGCUUUUUUUUUUUUUUUUUUUUUUAAAGCAGAUACGAUGAAUGAACUGCAAGCAAACUAAAAUUCUGUUAUUAAAAAAAUCUUUUAUUAAAAUGCUCCUGGAAGUGA